GCAGUGCUUUAUAGUACUGCUAGAUUAUUAUUAAAGCUGUGUAUAUAACAUCUGUUUUAUGAAUUGUAGAAAUUAAUAGCUGUAAAUGUGCAUGAGGUCCUGCGUGUCAUUUAUGAUCAACACGAGGUAGCACCGUCUGCAAAAUACAGGUAUUCUGACAUCAUCAUCCGCUGAAAUAUACGAGGUCGACCGGUUGAAACACGAUGUCUGACAAAACGAAAUAUAAGGGUCUGGCAACUAGUGAGAAGACUACCGAUGGAAUUUCUCGUCAAGAUCGAAAAUCGAAAAUGGCUUGGAGUCGUGGAAAGUUUGGUAUUAUAUUGGCCUGUUUACAACUUCUGUUCAUAAUUCUAUUUGUUGUUUUCAUUGAAUAUGAUGAGGAAGCAGACGCCGCCAAAUUACAUUCAGUAUCAAGUCUUGAAAAUUACUACCCAAUGUUCCAAGAUGUCCAUGUGAUGAUUUUUAUUGGUUUUGGAUUUCUGAUGACAUUUUUGAAGAGAUAUGGGUUUGGCAGCAUUUCAUUCAAUUUCUUGAUCUCUGCAUUUGUGAUUCAGUGGGCAACAAUCAUGGAAGCUUUCUUCUGGCUUGAAGAUGGAAAAUUUCAUGUUGGUGCAGAACAGAUGCUGACAGCCGAUUUUGCUGCGGCGGCCGUUCUGAUAUCCUUUGGAGCACUACUUGGUAAAGUGUCACCACUUCAGCUCAUCGUCAUGGCCUUUUUUGAGAUAAUCUUCUUUACGAUCAACUUGUACCUCGGCCUAGAUCAUAUUAAGGUUUUGGAUGUGGGUGGCUCAAUGUUUGUUCAUACUUUUGGUGCUUACUUUGGCCUCACUGUCUCAAGAGUUUUGUACAAUAAAGCAGCUGCAGGUAAUGAGAAGGAAGGGUCUGUGUAUCACUCUGAUCUCUUCUCAAUGAUUGGAACUAUUUUCUUGUGGAUGUUCUGGCCAAGCUUUAACGCAGCCCUUGCACAAGGUGAUGAUCGUUACCGAGCUGUUCUCAACACGUACUACUCAUUAGCUGCUUGCUGUGUAACAACUUUCAUUGUUUCGCACUUUGUCCAGAAGGAAGGCAAAUUCAAUAUGGUCCACAUUCAGAAUGCGACCCUGGCUGGAGGAGUAGCAGUUGGGGCUUCAGCUGACUUGAUGAUCCACCCUUGGGGUGCCAUUCUGAUCGGUACUCUGGCUGGAGUCCUGUCCACUGUUGGCUACACUUACUUUACGGUAUUGUAUAAUUAUUAUUUACUUAAUUUAUAUGUUAUUUAUUAGAAUAUGAAUUUAAAUUGUUAAUGGUAAAUGAAAAUUGUGAUUAGGCCCCUGGGGACCAGCAUCCGCAGUGCAGUGCUUACCAUGAUCAAUCUACCAGGAGAUAAUCCCUGCUCUUUUUAUACAGUGUACUUUUUAUGUGCAUGUGUGCUAUUAUACACACAGGACCAAUGCCUUAACUUUCCAUAUGAAAUUUGAGUUAAUUAGAGCAAAGUACCUUACCCAAGAACAUAAGCUAGAACAACAUUGGCAGGUCUUGAACUCAGAAAACAGACAAGUAUGAUACAACAAGUAGCAUGAACCCCUUUCAACGUCCCAUACUGUGUGAAUUGUACUGGAAAGUACCACUAUAACAACUCCCUGACAGUAAAUACAGUACUUUGAGUAAGGAGUGCUUUCAAAUAAGCACCACAUGGUCCAACCAGAAAUUGUUUUAUUCAAUCUUGAACAACUACUGCAGUGCUCAUUAAAAAUAUAUUUAAUUUUUAAUAAAUGUUGCAGCACUAAAUGUAGAGCAAAAAUUAUUUGUGUCCAUUACAUUUUUCUCGCAAUUAUGUAUCUACUGUUCUGUUCUGUAAUGUGACUUUUCUGAAAGAGUAAAUACAGUCCGCCCUCCAAUUCGAGACCACUCUGUGUAUCUGAAAUUUCAGGUGGUCUCAGGGUUCAGUCUCAAAUUAGCAACCACUAAAUAGAGACCACAGGAUUGAAGUGGUCUCCAAGCAGCAUAAUUAGACGGUAACCGAACCUGAAACCUCUAAAUGAAGGCCGAAGAUAAAAGUGGUCUCCAAAAGACAACAUGGGACAACCAUUCAUUUAUUUCAAAGAAACUGUUGUUUGCUUCUAAAUAUUUUUUAGCAACUUGUAGCUGUUUAAAACACAUUGAAAAAAAUCUGAACAGCAUACUGUAAUGUAAAUAUAACAUUUACACUUUAUUUGACUAAAGUUAGGUUCAGGUAUGUAGAUGCCCAUCCUUUACAUAAAGAAAGGUGUUAUUUUCUUUUGUGUUACUUGGCCUUUCCUUAUAUUCCCAAUCUUCAAUAAGCAAUUCUCCAAUGGGUUUGAAAGUUCCUCAUGGCCAUGAUAAAGUGGAGAUAGAAGUUCCGUAGCUAGACUCUUUGAUAAGGUGGGGGGGGGGGACCAAGUACUGGAAGGGCCAUGCCCACUUCAGUACAGCCAUUGUUGGAGCUAAAUUUGAAUGGACCUGCCCCCUCCUCUUUUGGUUACUGGGCUGGAUAUCCAUUUCUUUUCAGAUCAAAGCGAAUACCAACAGGGAAACACUCAGAUGACACUGUUCUUACAAAUCUUUGGAUGAAACCAUUAUGUCAGGUGUUCCAUCUUGACUAGAUUUCCAAUAUUUUCCCCCAAUAACUGUCUAUGUUACUAUAUAAAAAAUAAUUUUUGCUUUAGUUUUAAUUAUUUACGUAUCUUUGAUUUUAGCAGAGGGCCAAACAAUUGCCCGGCUACGGGGCCGGGCAAUUGAAUGGCUGAAGAAGAAAAUCAGAAACAUAAGGACUGUAUCAAAAUAGGGAUAAGCAGCUGAUUCAACAGUUCACUUUUUCAAAAAACUUGAAUCUGUUAAUUUGAUUAUAUUUUUUAAUGUGGUCUUGAAUUGGAGGUCAUUUUGUCACUUGGUACUUCCAUAAAUGUGGUCUCAUAAUUAGAGGGUAAGUUCAGUGUUAAAAGAUAGGUGGUCAGUUGAUACUUUGAAAAACUGAUCUCGAAUUAGAGGGGUCUCGGAAUUAGAGAGGUUUCAUCGAAUUUAAGGGCGGGAUGUACAUUACUGUAAGUAAGUAACAAUGAUCACAGAACGUUGCAGUAACGGAGUGUCAUUCAAAACUUGUAAAAAGAGACACAAGCACCCAUGCAUUUCAUAGGAUCAAAAGGUCAUUAUUCUCUCCUUUUUAAAGAAAAUCAUAAAUCUUCUUUCUAUGCACUAACAAUUUUAACUAGUUGCAUCACAAUAAUACUUGUAUUUCUAAAGGAAGAGAAUACAAUAAACAAAUGGGUGUCUCCAGUGGCCAUGACCUCAUUCAGAUUUAAGUUCAACAAGGUACAGUAUCUUGACCCAACUUCUCCAACAAUACUCAACAUUCCAAUCACCAGCACAUCCCAGCUAAAAAUAGGUUUAAAUUUCUGCAAUGAUAAAAAUAAUUUUGGGCACUCACUGGCUCUGGCAGGCUAUGUCGUACCCCGCGAGAGGCAGUGAGUGCCUGGUAUGUUCAAGAGAGCUAAGUUAGGGCUGCACGUAUUACAGCAACAAAUACAGAUUACUAUUGUUCAAUUCCAUUAUAUCAAAUUGAAUGUAGCCACCACAUUUUCUACCUAUAUUAUUGUGGUAUUAUUUUUCUUUAAUGAUCAGCCAUGUUUGUCGAGCAAAGCCAAGGUGCAUGACACAUGUGGUGUUAACAAUCUUCACGGGAUGCCAGGGGUGUUAGCAGGAGUAAUCGCUGCUAUCGUUGUAAGCUUUGCUGAUGAAGACACCUAUGGAGACAGCCUAUACGAGCAAUUCCCGGCUCUUGCUCCGAAAAACCACACAGCAGCAUACACAGAGCUUUCAGCUAGAAUUAAGAUCGAUUUGGUACCAGGGGAGGGGCGUAGUGCCAGCACCCAGGCUGGGUAUCAGAUGGUGGCCCUCAUUGUCACCCUGCUCUUUGCUUUGGUUGGAGGUGUAAUUACAGGAUUUAUUCUGAAGUUGCCAAUUUGGGAUGCUACUGCUGAUGAUGAUCUGUUUGAAGAUGAACCCUAUUGGGAGGGUACAGAGCCAUACUACAACCAAGUUCCAAAGAAAGAUGAAACAGAAAUGCAGCCCUAAAGUUACUUUUAAAAAAAAUUCCAGACCAUUGCAUUUUUAUGGAAUAAGAAAAAUAAACAAACAUAAUGCAGUACUUAAUGAUAGAGAUAAGGAAUUAUACACUUACAGUGGUUGUUUUACUUAAAGAAAAGUAAAGAGUUUUAAUUAUCAAGGUGUAUUUUUUUAUCAAAGCAAAGACAAGCUCAUUGUAUAUAAUGAUUUGUGUUAUAAUUAUUAACACAACAUGAUGCUUUUAUUGAGACAAGAUGAUCAUAAAUAAGGAUUAGGAAAUAAGUAUUUUUUUUAAUAAUCUGAAAAAUGAAAUUAAUGUAAAUGGUGAUUUAGGCCACAUAAUUAUAGUUGUUGCACCCUCUUUAUUUUUAAAUUUUUCCUAACACAAGAUUUCUGCAACAUUUGCAUGCUGCAGCCAGACAUUGGGACAGUUAGGACAGUCCUUCAUUAUUUUACUCAGAAUAUUUAGUAAACCUAUAGUAAGUUACAGUAUGUGAACCAUUCUUUAAACAUCAACCUUUAGAGAGUGGACCUAUUAAAAGUGGAUUUAUUUUUGCUUAAGAUACUGGACCCAUCAUUUAUUUGCAAGGCUUUUUUAUAUGCAAGGAUUUUAUCGAGCAUUCAAUUUCUUCAUUUGGAAAAUAAUAAAGUUAUUCUGAUUCUGAUUGAACCAUAGACAAUUUCAUGUGUAUAAUCAAGAUAAUGUGGAUUCGUCUUUUAAAAUGUGGACAAUUUAAUUAUGUAAAAUCUAGAUAAUGUGGACUCGUCUUUUAAAAUGUGGACAAUUUAAUUAUGUAAAAUCUAGAUAAUGUGGAUAUACGAAGAGAGGACAAUUCUAAACUUAAAACUAAAUAAUGUGGACCCAUCUUCCAAAAGUAAAUCCAUUGGGAUUUCUUAAAAUCCCAAUGCGAACUUGCUAUUUCUAAGAGUGAACACACUUUACAGGUUAAAAUAAAGAAAAUGUGUACUAGUUUUUAAAAAAGUGUACUAUAAACUAUCAUGUAUUGUUUCAUUAUCUGUUUGUUCUGUACUAUUGUAUAAUUUUAAAUACAUAUUCACUAGCAUUGUUCAGGCCUAGAAUCACUUGGAUAGUCAUUGCUUAUCUGAUGGUUGCAUUUCUGUGGGAUUUUCUGUGUUUUGCCUCAUAAGUAAAAAGAAGAGGUUGGACAAGAAACAUAUUUUAAGUCCAAUGGCAUAUACAUACACUUUGUUUACAUUUACAAAUUCCUUGCAGCAUUGAGGGAUAAGGAUCUAGGAGGGAUGAUUAUUUAUUUAUUUAUUUUAUUUAUUUAUUUACGUUUAUUUACCCAGGGUAGUCCGAAACAGUUAAAACACUGAUUUCCAUUGGGGCCCUUCAUUUAAAGCACAUGGUCGUAACUGGUUAUAUUUUCUUCCACACUUUCUAAUUCUAACCUAUUUUUUGUCUCCGCUUCCUUUCAGGAUGUUGAAAAAGAACCGAUGGUUAAACAAGCAGAUAAAAAAGAACAAAAUCAAUCAGAAAUCAAAUUGUAGUGUCCAACAACAGUUAUCAUGCAUUUCUUGUCAUGUAAUCUUGUCAUAAAAAUAAUGUGAUUUGGUUAUCAUAAAAGUCAAUUGGGGAAAAAAUAGUUUAAAUACAAUUAUGCAACAUUUUCAAAAUAGUUUUAAUUGCGUAACCUUGAUUAAUGAGUAAAAUUAUGGUAUAAAGUUCUUCCAUUUCUAGCACCUACCAUUAUUUAAGCAAACAAUAUAUUUUUACAAUGUUGAGAAUGACCUUGAGAAGGCAUUAAGACUCAGUAAUAACAUGAGAAUAUUGUCCAAUAUAUUUUUAUUUUUCGGAAAAUUGUUAUCACUGGUUUUACUAUUCAAUAAUGUACAGUAUUUUGUAUGUAGGCUAUACUAAGUUUGGAGUGCCUAACUUUUUUUCUUUAUGGAACACUCAUCAGGACCAUUUAGUAAUAAUGGUGGAUACAGUAGUACCUCAUACAAUCAAAGGUGUGUGUGCUUACAUCUUUCUAUGUAAUGCAAGAUUCCUUAUGAGAAUGAUGGUAGCAAGAGGCAACAUUUUUUUAUAAUUGAAUCAUAAGAAAAAGUAAAAAUUAUUUUGCCAAAUACAAACAAAAAUAUUUCUCAUACCAUCCAACAUUCUUUAAAAAAAAUUAUUCAUGAGGCAACACCUUGAAAAUCCUAUGCAAAUGCAAACAUCCUAUUAAUCAAUGAGUAUUUUUGUUUACCUAGACCUAUGUAGAUAUGGUUGUAUACAUGUGUGGCCAUUUUUAUAAAUAGAACAAGGGCAUCAUCUUCCUUGGAUGAUCCACCUAUGUGGCCUAAUGUCAUUCAUAUUAAUAUAUAUUAAUAGGCCUUCAAAUAGAUUCAAUGUGAAAAAAGCCCUUGUUUAAUGAUUUUUGGCUUUGUGCAUGUCUCAUCUACAUGUAUUUCGAACAAAUAUUGGUAUUGCAACAUGCCAUUUCAGGGACGAAGAAUCAAUAGAUUGCAGUAAUAAAAAAAAACUAUCAAUUGAGGUGGCAUAAAAAGAAGGAACGGAUAGGAUGAGAAACUAAGUUCUUUAUCUGGCUUUAGUCUACAUUAUAAAUAUCACAAUUGCAUAUUUAAUGCCUUGGAAUUGAAGCAAAGACCAUAUAUAACAAGAAAAUGCACACUUCAAAUCUGUAAAAUCUUCUAAAUGAAUUAUGGGAAUGUAAUUACAGCGCCCUAUGUAAAAAGGAAGGCCCAAAAAUGACCUUUUAUGAGGGACGCGCAGUGAUCAUACUUGAAACGAACUUAAGCACAUGUGUGUAGGAACAACACAUGGAGAGCAGUUCUCUAUAAAAAUAUAAAGCCUUUCUGAACUUUAGUGGGUGCUUUAUCUGAUACAAAUUUCCAGUGCAUAGUUUUCAAAAGCACAACCUUUCUAUAUAUGUUUUUUGGUUGAUAAUGGUAUAUAAUAUUUGUGUUAUACUCUAUAAUCAUAAUUAAUUUUUAAUUAUAUUGCUCUGUUAUAUAUGUGGAUGGCUACAAGUCUUGUAUUCUAUGUGGUUUUUAAAAUUUUAAAUCAACUAUAUUACAAAGACAAUAACCUGUGGUGACUGUUCAUGUCAAAUGGCAUUUUAUUUAACUGAUAUUUUAUACGAAGGUUUCAUAAUUUUGAUCAGAAAGACGAGACUUUUAUUACACCUUGUUUUAUGAACCUAUUGCCCAGAUAAUGAAAAUUGUGAUGAAUAAAAAUAUAUUUUAUUUUUUAUCUGUAAGCAUGCACCAUUCACUCUUAAAAAUACUUUAUCAAAUUUUAUUUUAAUUCUCUUCUCCAGAUGCUUUUGGCCUAACCAUUUUGCUAAAAAGGUAUAAAAAGUCUCACUGAUAUAUUAUGUUACACAUAAGUACAUAUACAAAUUACACAUAAGUAUGGAUAUAAAUAUAAACUCUAAAAUUUCUGUGAAAUUAUUUUAAAAGUUUUUGGAAUAUAUAUUGGUAAGAUAAUUUUGAGCCAAAUAUGAAUGUAGUGAAUUUGGUAAAUGAUUUUCUUUUUAUUAAUCCAUUAAUUUAGUUUUAAAUUGUUUUAGGGCAUGACAAAUUUUUCCAAUAAUUAAUCUGUGAACUUCGUUUUUAACUUGUGUUAUGGUAUAAUGAUAAAUAAUCCUGAGUAGUGCAAAGAGUAGUUUCCAUAUGGACAAGCAGUAGUUAAAGAGUUUCAGCAUGUUAUCUAUUGUAGUUGUACUAAGACUUCAUUAAAACCUUGAUAUUUUGUAUUUUAA